CCAAAACCAUCCCAAAAAUUGGAGAACGCAACGCCUAAAAUGUUUUUCCUUUAACCUUUUUUUUUUUGGUUCUCUCCCAACUUUUCCCUUCAUUUUCUGGGAUUCAAUCUGUUCGCUAGAGAGAUGGGGAAGAACAAUAAGAUCGGAAGCGUUGUACGGAUCCGUCAGAUGCUCAAGCAAUGGCAGAAGAAAGCUCACAUCGGAUCCACCAACGAUCCUGUUUCCGUUGUACCUCCCGGACACGUGGCGGUUUCCGUCGGAGAGAAUCGGCGUAGAUACGUCGUCCGUGCGAAGCAUCUCAACCAUCCGAUCUUCCGUCGUCUGCUCGCGGAGGCAGAGGAGGAGUACGGAUUCUCCAACGUUGGUCCGUUAGCGAUCCCUUGCGAUGAAUCGUUGUUCGAGGAGAUCAUUGGGGUCGUGACUCGGUCUGAGUCAUCGGGACGAGGCAAUCCGGCGACGCUGGAGGAUCUCCGGAGAUGCAGCCACGUGGGGAUGGCGAAGAACGUGGAAUCUCGGCCGUUGCUCCCUGGGAUUGCUGAGAAAUCUGUAUGCUAAUUGUCGAGACGAGGAUCAAAACCGAAUCAGUGGAAUUUGCAAACCGAAAAUUGAUUCAAGCUUUGGUUUAGAGAUGCUUUUUCAAUCUCUCUAAUCAGAGAUUUGGUUUCUUCUUUUGUUUCGUUUUAAAAACUUUUUUUAAUUUUAUUUUCGUUUGCUAAUUUUUAUGGUUCUAGUUUGACUGGGAGAAGGAGAUGGCAAUUAGGGUUUGAUUGUUUUUUCUUUUUCCUUUUUGGUUGUUGUCGCCGCCGAUGUCAUCCCAGAUUGGAAGAUUGAAGGAGAUAGUGUUAUGGAGAGAGAGAGCCUCAAGUUUUUAAUUUAGAUUUUUUUGAUUUGGUCAAGAGAUCCUUAUUUAAUUUCUUCUGGCUAUUUCAAGUGUAUAUUCAGAUUUCUUGAUUUUAAACUGAGGUUAUAAUAAAUUUGAAGAAGUUAAUUUGCUA